AUGAUCGGUAUUGCGAAUAGUAUCGGCCUGAUGCCUCCGCCGGUACCGUCGUCGGCGUCGGUGGCUGCACGUUUUGCCUGUUCUAUGACGGUAUUCUCUACUUCUGAUGUUAGAUCUUCCUUUUCGUCAUCCGUUUGUUCUUUAUCGUCAGUUGUUGUUAAUCCUUUUAACUGCUCGAUUCGAAGAGGGAGAAGAUUGUUUAGCGAGGUUUCAGUUAGAUCAGAUUCCGGAACUUCAUCUUCAGCUACUGCUGUUUCGGCGGCGACAACGUCAUUGUCGGAGGAAGAGACUGAUGAAGCGGCUGCCGCUAGAAUUGGAGCGAGAGUUAGGGUUAAGGUGCCUUUGAAGGUGUAUCAUGUAGCGAAGUUACCAGAGGCGAAUCUUGAGGGAAUGGAAGGAGUGCUUAAGGAUUAUGUUCGUGUUUGGAAGGGGAAGCGUGUUUCUGCUAAUCUUCCGUAUAAGGUGGAGUUUGUUGUUCCUGUUGAAGGUCGUCCACCAAUCAAGUUUGUUGCUCAUCUUAAGGAGGAAGAGUUUGAAUACGUUUAAUCAGGCUUGUUAUUCAUCAUCAUCUUCUUCAUUCUAAUGAAUCAUCAAGCCAAGACAAUUGUUGUUUUUCCGAUCUCAGUAUUAAUACCAAGCUUCCUUGUGCAGUAUUAUUGUCAACCUUUUAAGGUUUGAUCUUCUUCUAUAGUUCUAUCUACACCAUUUACGUUUUCCUUUGUAAUGUAGAAAAAUUGCUCGAAUGUUUUUCUUCUGAGCUAGUUAACUUUCUCGAUUCUCGAUUUGGCUUUGUAAAAUAAUUGCGCCAAGACAAGAGGAAAUUUAAUCAUCUAAUACAUGUCUGAUCCGAAUGGUUUCAAAA